GCAUCGUGGCAGUUGAGUCCAUCAGUCGUCAGAUUCCGAUGGCCUUUCUCGAGAGAAUCAAGGAUGAGUUUACUAACAGAUAUGGCGGAGGAAAAACCGCGACCGCAGUGGCGCAUAGCUUGGACAGAGAAUUCGGGUAAACAUCGCCAUCUCUUCGUAAGUCCAUGAAUGUGACUUCUUUGUGCUUCAUCACAGAAUAUGCUGAUCGGAGCUUUGACAUAGGCCUAAAUUGAAGGAGCAAAUGCAGUACUGCAUGGAUCAUCCCGAAGAGAUCAGCAAAUUCGCCAAAGUGACAGCUCAGGUAUCAGAAGUGAAGGGAGUCAUGAUGGAGUAUAUAGAAAAGGUUCUGGAUCGAGGUGAGAAGGUUGAGCUUCUGCUCGACAAGACGGAGAAUCUUCGAUCUCAGGCGCAAGAUUUCCGGCAGCAAGCGACCCGAAUCAGAAGGAAGAUGUGGCUACAGAACAUGAAAAUAAAGCCGAUAGUUCUCGGCAUUGUCGUCGCUUUGAUUCUGAUCAUACUCAUGUCCAUCAUUUGUGGUGCCUUCAGGUGUGGUGGCAAAUAAUGGAGUGAUUGUAGAUUUGAUAUUCUUUAAAACCUCUAUAAGUUUUUUCUUUCUAUACACACAAGUCCUCAUUUUUCCUGUAGUAUAAUGGAAUAAAUUGCUUGUAUAGCU